CCCGCAGUGCUUCCGCCCGGCCCGCCGGCCGGACUCCCGCCCGCAUCCCCCGGCUGGUCCGGGGGUCCGGGCACCGCCUCCACGGCGGCCCCUCCGGACCUGAGCACCGGGCCGCAGCCUGAGCCCCGAGCGGACGGCGUCAUGAAGAACCUGCCGUACUUCUGCCGCGGCGAAGUCGUGCGGGGCUUUGGCCGCGGCUCCAAGCAGCUGGGCAUCCCCACCGCGAACUUUCCUGAACAAGUGGUAGAUAAUCUUCCCGCUGAUGUAUCCACUGGCAUUUAUUAUGGAUGGGCUAGUGUGGGAAGUGGAGAAGUCCAUAAGAUGGUGGUGAGCAUAGGAUGGAACCCAUACUACAAGAACACGAAAAAGUCCAUGGAAACUCAUAUCAUGCAUACCUUCAAAGAGGACUUCUAUGGGGAAAUCCUCAAUGUGGCCAUUGCUGGCUACCUCAGACCAGAAAAGAACUUUGAUUCUUUAGAGUCACUUAUUUCUGCAAUUCAAGGUGAUAUUGAAGAAGCUAAGAAACGACUAGAUUUACCAGAACAUUUGAAACUCAAAGAAGACAAUUUCUUCCAGGUUCCAAAAGGCAAAAUAAUGAAUGGCCACUGAUGAAAAAUCAUCUUACUUAUUCAUUCAUUGUUCUCAAAUAUCUUACAGCUGUGACUUAGUUUAAACAGUGCAAUGUAAUUAUUAUUAUGCUUCAUGUUCAAUUAAACCCAUCAUGCUAUAGCACUAAAAAUCCUUAUUUUAGAAAUCUAGAUUCUUUCUAUGUAAUAUGUUGACUAAAAUUUACCACUAGAAAUAUCAAGUGUUUUAUAAGGGGAAUGAAAUGUAUAAAGCUAGGGGUAAAAAGGCAAGUUACUAGUUUGGAAUGAAAACUAAUUAUAGUAAAAGACUAGCAUGUAUGUACUUGAUUAGCAUGUGCUGCUAAACAGAGAAGGCUUAUAAAAGUAAAUUAUUAAAACAGGUUUGAUAGCUUAUUAUAAACAUAAGAGGGAAAAUUUAUACAUUGUAUUUUUUAUAUUUUGUGCAUUAAAAUAUUACUACAAACAUGAAUACUUGUGAAAUUUUAAUUAGUCAUGACUAAUUUCCUUUAUGGAAAAUUAGAGGUCAAAUCAUUAUCAUGUUUUUGUUUUUGUUUUUUAAACAUCUGCCUCAGUUAUGAUUGGUCUGGACUCUGCUAUCAGUCUUUUUGGUCUCUGUUAAAACAUUAAAAUGAGUGUAUUUUGAAUUUGAAGGUUUCAUUUUUGUAUUGAAUAGAUAUCACUGCUCUUUUAAGAGUAGUCAAUAUUUUUUUUCUUGAUUUGGAUUACUUUUUUCCUUUAAGCAAUCACAUGUCAAUUUUUUUUCCAUUUAGAAUAUCCUCUGACUUAAAGGAUUGCAUCUAUCGCCACCAUUCCAUCUUUCACUAUAUGAAAAACUCCGAAAGCUUCAUCUUUGGGUUUACUCAAAGUCUUAGUGAAUACGUAGCACUUCAUUUAUAUAUGCCAGUUUCUUAAAGAACACAAAACACUUGGUUUUCCUCCUAGGGAAACUGUUUAUGAGCCAAUUAAGCUAUGAAAUAGAAAAUUAUAUUUAGUGUGAUUGUAUGUUCCUGAGCAAACAAACUGUUGUAAUGGUGUAUGCACAAUGUAAUUUAAUGAUAAGAGUGCUUGUAGCUUGGGGGUAAAGUAUAAAUAAAGUCUUAGUUACGUAAUCUU